GAGGAGCCCCCUCCCAUCCCCACCACCACCACCACAGUGUCUGAAUGUGUUCUUUAUAAGAGGCUGACGAGCGGCAGCAGGAUACUAACAGAGAGAGAGUCAACCUUCCUUCUACCAACAGUCAGGAAGCUGCAAAUCAAACAGACCAACAGCUGGACGACAUGAAUGUUCUCUGGUUUCUGAGCAUGCUCAGUACAUUCACCCUGUGGAAGGAGCAAGGCUGUGCAGCAAUGACCCUGAACUCCAUCCUUAUUGGUCAAGUGUCAGGACGAGGAGCAGGUGGAAGUGUUGACUCCCAGCAGAGGAGCAGGAGGAGCUGGGUGUGGAACCAGUUCUUUGUCCUGGAAGAGUACACAGGAGACGAGCCGCUGUACGUCGGGAAGCUCCACUCCGACAUGGAUAAAGGUGAUGGUCAGGUAAGGUAUGUUCUGACUGGUGAAGGAGCAAUGUCCAUUUUCACCAUCGAUGAGAAUACAGGAGAUAUUCAUGCCACCAAGAGGCUGAACCGGGAAGAACAGGCAUACUACACCCUUAGAGCUCAGGCUCGUGACAGAAAGACCAACUUUCUGGUUGAACCCGAGUCCCAGUUCAUCAUCAAAGUCCAGGACAUCAAUGACAAUGAGCCCAAAUUCCUGGAGGGGCCGUACAUUGCCCGGGUGGCUGAGAGGUCUCCUGUAGGUACGUCAGUGGUGACGGUGGUGGCGACAGACGCUGAUGAUCCAACCUAUGGAAACUCUGCCAGACUCAUUUACAGUCUCCUGCAGGGUCAGCCGUACUUCUCUGUAGAGCCAAAGACAGGUGUGGUUCGGACGGCUCUGCCUGACAUGGACCGGGAGUUGCGGGACCAUUACCUGCUGGUCGUACAGGCCAAAGACAUGAUUGGUCAGAUGGGGGGUCUGUCAGGAACCACGUCUGUCACAGUGAUGCUGACUGACGUCAAUGACAACCCGCCUCGCUUCCCCUACAAGAGCUACCAGUUCAGUGUUCCAGAGUCUGUACUGGUUUCAGCUGUGGUGGCCAAGAUCAAAGCUCUGGAUGUGGAUGUUGGUCCAAACGCUGAGAUGGAUUACAGGAUUCUUGAUGGAGACGCGUUGGGGACUUUCAGCAUUCUCACGGAUCCAAACACGCAGGAAGGACUGAUCACACUACACAAGACUCUGGACUUUGAGACAAAGUCGAGCUACAUGUUGCGCGUUGAGGCCUCCAAUCGUUAUGUGGAUGCUCGUUUCCUGUCAACGAGUCCAUUCAGUGAUAUGGCAACAGUUUGUCUUCUGGUGGAGGAUGUGGACGAGCCACCAGUUUUCUCUUCCUCCAUCAGUCGCAUGAUGAUCUCUGAGGCAGCUGCAGUGGGAACUGAUGUGGGAUCAGUUUUAGCUCAUGAUCCUGAUGCCACCAACAGUCCCGUCAGGUACUCUAUAGACAGGAAGUCUGACAUGGAGCGUUACUUUAACAUUGACAGCAGUUCAGGUGUGAUCACAACCAUCAGACCCCUGGACAGGGAGAACAUCGCUCUGCACAACAUCACUGUCCUCGCCACAGAGAGCGGGGAUCAGUCUCAGGUGGGGAAAGCUGUGGUUCUGAUCUCUGUGAGAGACAUUAACGAUAACGCUCCAAGCUUCGCCAUCGAGUAUGAAACGUUUGUCUGUGAGAACUCAAAACCUGGACAGAUCAUUCAGACUGUGAGUGCUGUGGAUCGCGAUGAACCAGAGAAUGGACAUCAUUUCCUGUUCUCUCUGACCACUGAAGCAGCUGGGAACGUCAGCUUCACCCUGAGAGAUAAUAAAGACAACACAGCAUCCAUCUUGACUCGGCGUGGUGGUUUCCUGCAACAAGUUCAGCUGGUUCACUUCCUGCCGGUGGUGAUUUCAGAUGGCAGCAGCCCAUCUCUCAGCAGUACAAACACACUGUCCAUCAUCGUCUGCACCUGCGAUGAUGCCGGAAACCAGAGCUCCUGCAGUAAGGGAGCGUUGCCACUCCUAGUGGUCAGCCUCAGUACUGCUGCCACUGCUGUGGCCCUCACCUGUGUCCUAAGUCUGCUGGGUGUCGUCAUGGUAACAGCUGCUGUCAGGCAUAGAAGGAGGGAGCCUCUGAUGAUAGAUGAUGAGCGAGAUAUUCGUGAAAACAUUGUUCGUUAUGAUGAUGAAGGUGGAGGUGAGGAGGACACGGAGGCCUUUGAUAUGCUCACGUUGAGGCAUCUGAACAAAACAACCCACGCUGGCCGAGACAAGAACCCGCCAGGAUUCCUUAGCAAAACUCGAGAGUCCAGGACAAAUAAGAACAGGCUAUUCCAGGAGUUCAUCGGGGACAGACUGCAGGAGGCAGACCUGGACCUGACGGCACCGCCCUAUGACUCUCUGCAAACCUACGCCUUCGAAGGCAGUGGGUCACCAGCCGAGUCACUCAGCUCGUUAAACUCGCUGGACUCAUUGAACUCAUUAGAGUCUGAGCAGAACUACGACUUCCUGAUGGAAUGGGGGCCAAGGUUCAGGAAGCUCGCAGACCUCUAUGGACACCAUGAGGGAGGGGGAAUUGCCUUGUAGCCUUCAGAUCACAACCAACACAAGGGUUUCACAAGGACGAGUGCAUCGAUUCAGCUUUGUUAAAGUAGCAACUUCCUGUUUUAAUUUUUAAUCUCUGGGUAAUCACAUGUUGCGCAGGACGGAGGACUUUCUGAUACCCACGAGAAUGAUUUGCAGCAGAGUU